AUGUCUCCGUUCGGAGCAACGAUCCGUGAGUCCUCACCGAACGAGGGGUGCACAUCAAGCAGAUCAAGAAGAAGAGGGGAGAGGGGAGGGGAAGACAAUAAAAAGGUAGAAGAGACGGGGGGACAGGAGAAACGUGGUCGCGCACAACAAAAUGAGGCGAACAUAGGGGUGACGGACGAAAGUGGCCGGCAGAGCAGAGACCACAAGGCCAUGAUCGAAAGAGGGCAAGAGAAGCGAGGUGAUGAGCGAGGACGACAAAAGAAAAUCACGCGUCUCUACGUGCUGAUCGCAUCUCCAAAUGGUAAACGGGAUGAUGCUCAGAAAGGAAAUGCGCUACGUUACGCUCCUCAAGGGAAAUGA